CCUCUCCCCCUUCGCUUCGCUCCCACUUCUCCCCCCACCCCUCCAACCCAAACCCAUCUCAGCUCGUCCGUCCCCCUCGUCUUCGCCACUGGACACGACCGCAAACCCUAGGCGCCGCCGCCCUCCGAGGCCCCAAGGGGAAUUAAACUAGGAGGAGGAGGAGAUCGGAAGGGAAGAGCGGAUUUAUGUCCCAGCGAGGGGACAGGGGCGAGGGGCACGCGAGGAGACCCGGCGGCCGCUCUAACAGCUUCGGCGGCCACCGCGGAGGCGGAGUCGGCGGCGCGGGCAAGGGCGGCGGGGGCCCCUCCGGCGGCCAGCCCCCCCUCUCAUCCAACCGCAGCUUCAGGAAGCCUGGCAAUGGCCAUGGCGCUCACCAGAGGGUGGUGAACCAGCCAGACACCACUGGCUUCCAGCCCGCCCCGGCACCUGGGCCCCUGCAGACGCCUCCGCGCCCUCCUGCGCCUCAGAACGCGCCUGUCCAUGUUCCUGUCUCUGCGCCACGGCCCCAGCAUCAUGAUUCACCCGGAUUGCAAGCACCCUCCAUGUCACCUCCCAGUGAAAAUCCAACAUAUAUACCCCUGCCAAAGAAUAUUCCUCGGGCUGGCCCCAAGGCACCACCAAAGAGCUCCAAUGCACCGGCUCCUCAGGGUGCGCCAAAAGGAGAAUCAUCAAAGGGAUUUAACUUGCAGUUUGGUAGUAUAAACAUGAACAUGAAUGGUCUCCCGCAAUUUCCUGCUAGGACAAGCUCAGCUCCUCCCAAUUUGGAUGAGCAGAAACGUAAUCAGGUACUUUCAGAUGGACCUAAGGUUGCACCAUCUAUGCCUGUACCACCAGCUCUAAAACAGCCACAUCCCACACCACAGCAGCAGCUGCAGCAACAGCAGCAUCCCCUGCCGCCGCAGCAGCAUCAUCCCCCACCGCCGCAGCAGCACCAUCCCCCGCCGCCGCAGCAGCACCAUCCCACGCCGCCGCAGCAGCAGCAACAGCCCCCAUCACAGCAGCAACCACUGCCACAGCAACAGCAAACGAGGAAGGAUGCUCUUGGUCCUAGCCAACCUAACACCCUGAACACUCAUGUUCCAUCCCAAGUGAAGAGAGAUGUGCAUGUUGCUCCUUCAAUUCAGAAUUUUGCACCACAGAGACCCUCUGUUCAAUCUUUACCGGGGAUGGGCAUGCCGAUGCAUUUUCACCAUCAACCACAAACAGUCCCAUUACAGUUUGGUGGUCACAAUCAGGGAGUUGUCCCAAGCUCAAUGCAGGUGUCCAUGGGAUUGCCUGGUGGCAAUGCAUCCCAGGUUCAGCAGCAGAUGUAUGUCCAAAAUAUGCAGCAACAAAUGCAUCAGCAAAUGAUGCAUCAAGGACAAACCAUGAUGUAUCCGUCUGUUGCUCAUCCAAUCCCUCCUCAACUGGGCAAUGUUAAUUUGAACAUGGCUUCACAGUAUCCUCAGCAACAGCAGAAUAAGCUUGUUGCUCCUCGAAAGAGCAGUAAUAUCAAAAUUACUGAUCCAAACACUAACAAAGAAGUGGUUCUUGGGCGGCCUUCACCUAAUGUAGCAGCACAACCGCAGCAAGUCAGUGGUGUUGCAACUCAGCCUAUGGUUUACUAUACUAAUCCACAGCAGACCUCGUAUAACCAGUCAGGCACGUAUUACUCCGGCACUGCUGGUGUUGUUCCCACUGGAUCACAGGGCAGGUUUGGUUAUCCUGCCACUCAAGCUGGUCAAUCAAUUCCUUUCAUGAACCCUUCUAUGUCAAAUACUGUUCCUGCCAGCCACAAGGACAACAUAGCUGGGCCUGCACCAUCUGGUCAGUCCCAACUCAUAGGCAAACCACAAGGUGGGUUGCACAUGGAGAAACCUGUUCCCUCGGUCAAGAUAAGUAUGCCUGCAGGUAGAUCAGACGCUUCUAAAUUCAGGGUCGCUGACCAUGCGGUACAACAUCGACAAAAGGAUAAUGAAGUUAUUUCUGGUGCUAUGGUUUCGAAUAAACCAGUUAGUGAGAAGGAGAGCAAGGCACCAUCUAUCCCAGAGAAGCACUCCAAGGAAAGUAAAGCACCAUCUGCCGUGGAGAAGCAUCCCACUGCGGUGACUCAACCCUUACCGAUUCAAGCUGCAAAGCCAGAAACUGAUGCAGCGACUGCAAAUUCACCCUCAUUCUUGACCGGAGCUGAUGAAAAGAAAGAAUCCCUUCCAAUGACUGAUUCACUUAAGGAUAACAAGAAAAAUGCAACUAGAAAUGACACAAAGAAUUUGCCGCAACAACCACAGUCUGCUUCCCCUGCCGAAGAGUUGAAGGGGCAAACUUCUGUGAAGCUUGGUGAUGAUGUGGUUGGUCACAUGGAAACCAAGAGCUUCGAUAGUGAAAAGGUGGAUUUAACCAGCAAGGUUUCAGGCUUAACAUCAGCAACAUCUGAAAGUAGUAUUUCUCCUAUUCUUGGUAAAAGUGAAGCUGACAGCACAUCAGUAAAUGCUGCUGAUGUUCCUGCCAUGGUAAUCAGCUCUGCAAAAUUGUCCUCUGCGAGCACUGGGGAGCCCCAAGCAGUAGAAAGCUUAGGUGUUGCUGCUGUUAAAUCUAAGGAGAUUGAAAUAACUCACCAAAUUUCACCUGAAUCUAGUGAUGGCAAAAUUAUGUCUGAUUCUACUGAAAAUGAAUCACAUGACUUCACGGUGGACUUGGCUGAGCAGGCAUCAUUGGCAACUUCAAAGCCUGGUAAUUCAGAUGCAACAUCUUUUGUAACUGACCCGCAAGAGCUACCCAAGGAGUGCACAACAUCUGUACCGGAGGACCACAGUUUGAUGAAUACAUCACAUAAUAAGGAUACCCAAACUUUAUCAGCUUCUGUGGAUGCCAGCGAUGUGUCUGAGGUCAAUUCUGGAACCUCAUCAGAGUCUACCAGCCAAAGUACCAACGAUAAAGAUAUCAGAAGUAGCAUUCAGGAAACUGGAUUAGCUGUUUCUGGUAUUACUCCUGGCAUGUUGCCUGUGAAUCAUUCAGUUGCAUCUGAGGGGCAAGUCAAACAUGCAGAUGGAGCGAAGGAUGAGUCAAGUACUGAGCAAUCAAGUGCCGUACCAACAGGUUCUGUUAGACCCUUAUCAAGGGAAAAACCUACUGCAGAGCUUGCCCGAACAAAGUCUACAGCUGGGAGAAAGAAGAAACGGAAGGAAAUGCUUUCAAAAGCUGAUGCUGCUGGGAGCUCAGAUCUGUACAAUGCAUACAAAGGACCACAAGAACAGUCUGAGAGUGUUGCCACAUCAGACGGUGCUGAUAGUUCUUCAACAGUCGACGGGACACAUGUGCUGCCUGAGGAAUCAGAAAGGGAGGUGAUGUGUGAGGACGAUGGAAAGAAAAAAGUUGAGCCGGAUGAUUGGGAAGAUGCAGCAGACAUGUCUACUCCAAAGCUGCAAAGUUCGGACUCUGGAAACCAGGCUAGUGCAGUUCAAUUGCCAGAUUCUGAUAUGACUGAAGCUAAUGGCCGAAAGAAAUAUUCUCGUGAUUUUCUUCUAACUUUUGCACAUCAGUAUUCUAGUCUUCCUGUUGGCAUCCGGAUGGAUACUGUCACUAGUACGCUAUUCAAAGAUUUGGCAGGAAAAUCCUAUGUUAUUGAUCGGGAACCUCACCCAAGUUCUGCAAGGGGAUCUGAUAGACCAACAUCUCGCGGUGAUCGCCGUGGUCCUGCUAUGGAUGAUGAUAAGUGGUUAAAAUCAGGUGUUCCUUACAGUCCUAACCGUGAUGCCCACAUGGACUUGACAAACGGCCCAGCAAUUAAUUACCGUGGCGGCCCAGGAGGCGCUCAUGGUGUUCUGAGGAAUCCACGUGGUGCACUCCUUGUGGGACCACAAUCCAAUGCUCCUCAAGUACCCCGCAGUGGCUCUGAUGCAGAUAGAUGGCAGCAAAAGGGUCUGAUCCCAUCUCCUGUUACACCCAUGCAAGUAAUGCACAAAGCCGAGAAAAAGUAUGUUGUCGGCAAAGUUUCUGAUGAGGAGCAGGCAAAGCAGAGGCAGCUGAAAGCCAUUCUGAAUAAACUGACCCCACAAAACUUUGACAAGCUUUUUGAACAAGUGAAAGAGGUGAACAUUGACAAUGUAUCAACUCUUACUGGGGUGAUUUCACAGAUAUUUGACAAAGCUUUGAUGGAACCAACUUUCUGUGAAAUGUAUGCCAACUUCUGUUCCCAUUUGGCUGGUGCCCUGCCAGACUUUAGUGAGGACAAUGAAAAGAUUACAUUCAAGAGACUGCUAUUGAACAAGUGCCAAGAGGAGUUUGAGAGGGGAGAAAGAGAAGAAGCUGAAGCAGAUAAAACGGAGGAGGAAGGUGAGAUUAAGCAAACGAAAGAGGAAAGGGAAGAAAAGAGAGUUAAAGCUCGAAGGCGCAUGCUGGGUAAUAUUAGAUUGAUUGGAGAAUUGUACAAAAAGAGGAUGUUGACAGAGCGCAUCAUGCAUGAAUGCAUCAAAAAAUUGUUGGGAAAUUAUCAGAAUCCAGAUGAGGAGAACAUUGAAGCACUAUGCAAAUUGAUGAGUACAAUUGGAGAGAUGAUAGAUCAUCCAAAGGCUAAGGAACAUAUGGAUGCAUAUUUUGAUAGAAUGCGCAACCUGUCGACCAGUCAACUGAUAUCUUCCCGUGUUAGAUUCCUGCUCAGAGAUUCAAUCGAUCUCAGGAAGAACAAAUGGCAGCAAAGGCGUAAAGUGGAUGGCCCCAAGAAGAUUGAUGAGGUUCACAGGGAUGCAGCUCAGGAAAGACAUGCUCAAUCGAGUAGGUCUCGUGGUCCAGUCGUUAGUUCUCUUCCAAGAAGAGGGGCACCCUCUAUGGAUUACGGCUCCCGUGGCUCAGCAGCACCAUUGGUAUCUCCAGGUCCUCAGCAACGAGGGCGUGGAUUUGGUAAUCAAGAUAUACGGUAUGAGCAGGAAAGGCAUCAGUUUGAUAGAACUGUUCCCCUUCCCCAGCGUUCUGUAAAGGACGAAGCUAUCACUCUUGGACCACAAGGUGGCCUAGCUAGGGGUAUGUCUUUAAGAGGGCAGCCACCGGUAUCAAAUUCUGAACUUCCUAGUGUUGUUGACCAGCGCAGGAUUGUAUCUGGUCCUAAUGGGUACAAUUCUGUGCCUUCAACAACAAGAGAAGACACUAGCUCUAGAAUUCCAGAUCGAUUUUCUGGGAGAAUAGCACCUGCUGCACAAUCUGCUAGUUCUUCACACAGACCUGCCAGCCAGGAGGGUCGUUCAGGAAAUAAAUCAUACUCUGAGGAGGAAUUGAGAGAGAAAUCUAUUGCAACCAUCCGGGAAUAUUAUAGUGCGAAAGAUGAAAAGGAAGUUGCAUUGUGUAUUGAGGAGUUGAAUGCUCCGAGCUUCUAUCCUUCUCUUGUAUCACUUUGGGUAAAUGAUUCCUUUGAGAGGAAAGAUAUGGAAAGAGAGUUGUUGGCAAAGCUCUUUGUCGGGCUUUACAAUGGUGGAUAUAAUUUAUUGAGCAAGCCUCAGCUCAUUGAGGGGCUUUCAUCCGUUCUUGCUUCAUUGGAGGAUGCUCUAAGUGAUUCUCCAAGAGCGGCAGAGUAUCUUGGACGUCUUCUUGCAAGGUUUGUGGUGGAGAAGAUACUGGUUUUGCAAGACGUAGGUAAAUUGAUUGAAGAAGGCGGAGAGGAGCCUGGACACCUUGUGCAGGAAGGCAUCGCAGCUGAUGUCCUUGGCGCAGUCUUGGAGUGGAUCAGAACAGAAAAGGGGGAUUCCUUCUUGAAGGAGGCCAAGACAAGCUCCAAUCUCAAGUUGGAGGAUUUCAGACCGCAGCAUCUUAAGAGGUCAAAGUUGGAUGCCUUCAUGUUGACUUAAGUGUUUGUUGCUAGCUUAUUACCAAUUCAUGGGUGUUGUCGCCAAGGAGUUGGUCCCAUGUCUUUGCACCCAGCCACCCCACCUUUUUGAUCGAAACAACUGCAAAUAUACCCAUCAGAUGCUUGCUAGGCGACCAUUGUAUUCGAGGAGCCCCUUCCUACUGUGAAGUGAAGAAGAAGAAGAUGUAUUCCGUUCUACUGUUGAGACUUGUUAGUGGUGGUAAUUUAUUGUUGCGGAUGGACACUGGUUGUUGCAGGCAGCUGGGUGCUAUUUCGAGUUGGCUCCCGUGCGCGUCUGUCUGGGAAUAUUUUUGUGAUCAUGGAGGGGUAGAGGUUAGUUAACCAAAUAUUUGUCGGGACUAGGAGGAACACUAGGGUUCGACUUGAUGCCUCCCGUGGCUUCUGGCCAAUAUCCUUUGUGAUCAGACUUUAAUACUCGGUUAACUUGGCGGCAUUUUCCUCAUGUCAUAUUAUCAUCUUGUUUAUAUAUAUUCUUGCAAGUCGC